UGUCUGGGGGCAGCGUGGGCUGUGCCAGCCAAGGAGAGGAGGAAGGCAGAGAAGGCAAAAGCUGACCUUGCACUCUACGAAAACCUGGACCUGGAUAACUACGACCUGACACUGGAGAACUACGGUGAGAUCCUUGACCUGAGCAACUAUGAGGAGCUGUACGACUAUGGGGACCUUGUUCCAAAGAUCGAGGUUGGCACCCUGGCUCCUCGCCCCAAGGACCCCGUGGCUCUCCCAGACCAGGGUACCACGACUGAAACCCCACAGCUGCAGCCUCUGACCGCCGCCAGCCCCAUCCACCCAGCACCCAUCCCCGCGCAGGCCCUCCCCAGCUGCCUGCGCUGCCUGUGCAUCGGCACCUCCGUCUACUGCGACGACGCCGACCUGGAGCACAUCCCACCGCUGCCGCCGGAGACCACCUACCUGUACGCCCGCUUCAACCGCAUCGGCACCAUCCGGGCCAGCGAUUUCACCGGGCUGAGUACGUCGAGGCGAGGGAAGGGCAGGGCUCUGCAACAGGGCACAGAGGGAAUCAGGGGUUCUGCGUGGGUCCCUGUCCAUCUCCUCCCUCCUCUCCCCCAGAGAAGCUGAAGCGAGAACAGGCUGACGGCGCUUCCGGAGCUGCCCCGCACCAUCGUCCGCCUGGAUGCUCGACUCAACAGGAUCCCCAGCACCGGCCUCCGGCCGGAGGCUUUCCGGGACCUGAAGCAGCUGCAGUUUCUCCAUCUGUCCGAUAACCAGCUGGACUAUAUCCCCGCACCCCUGCCUGAGAGCCUGCGCUCCCUGCACCUCCAGAACAACAACAUCCAGACCAUGCACGAGGACACGUUCUGCGACAGCCAAGACCACAGCCAGAUCCGCAGGGCGCUGGAGGACAUCCGCCUCGACGGCAACCCCAUCAACCUCAGCCUCUUCCCCAACGCCUAUUUCUGCCUCCCCCGUCUGCCCACCGGCCACUUCUUCUGA